GCGGGCCUGUCCAUGGACCGCGCGGCCGUGGCGCGGGUGGGCGCGGUGGCGAGCGCCAGUGUGUGCGCGGUGGUGGCGGGCGUGGUGCUGGCCCAGUACAUAUUCACCUUGAAGAGAAAGACGGGCCGCAAGACCAAGAUCAUCGAGAUGAAGAUUGGAUAACCAAGCAAUGACUAACCAGGAGUCUGCUGACCAUUUGAAAAUGAUGCCAGAAUUUCAGAAAAGCUCAGUCCACAUCAAAAACCCUACAAGAGUAGAAGAAAUUAUCUGUGGUCUCAUUAAAGGAGGAGCUGCCAAACUUCAGAUAAUAACAGACUUUGAUAUGACACUAAGUAGGUUUUCCUUCAAUGGGAAAAGAUGCCCAACGUGUCAUAAUGUCAUUGACAACUGUAAACUAGUCACAGAUGAAUGUCGAAGAAAGUUACUGCAGCUAAAGGAGAAGUAUUACGCUAUUGAAGUUGAUCCUCGCCUCACUGUGGAGGAGAAACUCCCUCACAUGGUAGAGUGGUAUACUAAGUCACAUGGCUUGCUUGUUGAACAAGGCAUACCAAAAGCCAAACUUAAAGAGAUUGUGGCAGACUCUGAAGUGAUGCUCAAGGAAGGAUAUGAGAGUUUCUUUGGUAAACUUCAACAGCACAGUAUCCCUGUGUUCAUAUUUUCCGCUGGUAUCGGUGACGUGCUUGAAGAAGUCAUCCGUCAGGCUGGAGUUUAUCAUUCAAAUGUCAAAGUAGUAUCCAACUUCAUGGAUUUUGAUGAAAAUGGAGUGUUGAAAGGAUUCAAAGGAGAACUAAUUCAUGUAUUCAACAAACAUGAUGGUGCCUUGAAGAAUACAGACUAUUUCAGCCAACUGAAAGACAACAGCAACAUCAUUCUGCUGGGGGACUCCCAAGGAGACUUGAGGAUGGCAGAUGGCGUAGCCAACGUUGAACACAUUCUGAAAAUUGGGUAUCUGAAUGACAGAGUAGAUGACCUUUUAGAAAAAUACAAGGACUCUUAUGAUAUUGUUCUAGUAAAAGAAGAAUCAUUGGAGGUCGUCAACUCAAUUUUACAAAAGACAUUGUAAACAAACUGUUUGCGAGAAGACAUCUCCCACAGGUCCAGCUGAUACAAGCACCGGCCAUCUUGAGGAAAGACUCUUAUUUAUAAUACAUUCUUGCUCUUGGAUUUCCCUUUUCGCUUCCUAUGGGCAUCCUCUGAUCUCCAGGUGUGUUGGACCUAUAACUGCAGCCCUUCUUCCUGCCUCCAUCAGGAUACUGCACAUUGUUUAAGCAAUUAAAAACAAUAUUAAGGCAAAAUUAGACAAUGAACUCCUUUUCCAAGUGAAUUUUGUAGUUUGGUGUUCUGCUGUUUCUGAACACUUCACCAGGUGAGUGCGGAGGCUCAGAGGCCACUGUCUCAGGUGAGAGUGUCUCUGAUUGUAACCAGUUUUGUAAUUUGGGUGGAGUGUGAUGGCAUUUCCUGAAAUUGUGUUUUAUUUGGUUAUUUUGCUGAAAAAAGUAUUUGCCAGAGAAGUCCGGCACUUUGUAUCUGAAAAACUGUUGGUGUCUACCACUAACAUUACAAAUUUUCUGUGUGAAACCCUAAAAAUAAACCUAAAAUGGAAAGCUUUUGUAAA